AUGGCAUCCCGAAUAUGUGCCUCUGCAGCUGGCAUGGUGGCGACCUCGGGCGUGUUCCGCCUGUUGAAUCGCCCGGCCCAACAACCGCGAAAGCCCUGCUUCUGUGAGUCAGUGCGCAACACCUGUGCUGCCACAGAUGGUCCCAAGCGCAUUAGAGUGAUGUCUCAGAACAUCUGGAACUCCUUCUUUGCAGGAGGUCCAGGAAGGCAUGCGAGGCUGAUGGCGUUUUUCGAGGAGUUGGAACGACUCCGUGUGGAUAUCGUGAUCGUGCAGGAGAUGUUCGUUUUCGGCCUGGGACCCUGGUGUGUCAAGAGCGAGGCGGAAGCGGCUCGAGAGCUGCUCCUGGAACUCGGCUUCCGACAUCAGACUUGCCCCACGGCCACGCAACCGUUGCUUGGUCAAAGCUCCGGCCUGGUCGUCUAUUCAAAAUAUCCCAUCGUGCGGGAGCACCAUGAGGCGUUUGCCACUCGUCGCUCUGUCACGGCGAAAGGCUGGCUGGAAGUGGUGAUCGACCUGGGUCUGUCAGACAGCAACCAGGCCCGUGAGCUGAUCAUCUUCAAUACUCACCUGGAGCAUUCACACCACCCACGCUGGCAGCGCAUCCGCGAGCAGCAGUGGAAAGAGUUGGCCAAGAGAGCAGAGGACGUGCUGGCAAAAAGCGCGGCAACAAGCAGGCCCUACGCAAUGGUGGUGGGAGACUUCAAUGUCUGCAGCCAGGAGUUUGGGCAGCAGCUGGACAGCUCCGCAGAGUUCCAGGCUUUGCAGUUGGCUAUGCAGUCUGCAGGUUUUGCCUGCGAGUUGCCACAGCCAUCGUUUGAUGCGGAGAGGCCGGGAACUCUUCGGCUUGGGCCAGAGAACGAGCUACGGUCCUCCCCAGACCACAUGUUUGUGACCUACGAGUUACAAGACUGCUGUGUAGCCUCCGCAAUCAUUGACACGCGUGGCCGAGAUGGACUGGAGGUGUCCGACCAUCUGGCUCUCGUUGUGGAGUUCUUGCUGCCUCCGUAG